AUGGAUUUCUCAAUGGGAAUGGAAUGGAAUGAAGGCGAAGAAAAGAUGCACCAUCUCCUGCGUGUGCCACCACAGGACAACCCCACAUCGACGCAUCUCACAGCCCAAGCAUCAGCCAUGUUCCAGCGCGCUCCUCUGCUCGCAUUUGGCACUUUGGAUGCCCAAGCCAGACCGUGGGUCACACUCUGGGGCGGAUCCCCUGGGUUCACCGAGACAAUCGGCGGUGGUGCCGUAGGUACAUCUACGCUUGUAGACGGCAAACACGAUCCCGUCGUGCAAGCGCUGGUCGCAGGCAGCAAAGGGUUCGAAAAGCCACGAGAAAGAGAAGACGCAAAGCUCGUUGCUGGACUAGCCAUCGAUCUCAUGACAAGGAAGAGAGUCAAGACGGCCGGCCGCCUUGUCGGCUGCAUGGUACGCGAGAUCGAAGGCAGAGCUGAGAGCGAUGGUGCUACGGCAGAGUCACGGUAUAUGAUCCAAGUUGUCACGAUGAUCGAGCAGAGUCUAGGCAAUUGUCCCAAAUACAUCAACCAAUACGAGAUCCAUCCUGUACUUGUUUCGCCAAAGUUAGUUGCGGAAGGUGCCUCGUUAUCCGAUGAGGGACAAGCCCUGAUAUCAGCGUCCGACAUGUUCUUCCUCAGCAGCAGUACCCCAGACGACAUGGACGUUAACCACCGCGGCGGUCCCCCCGGCUUCGUCCGCAUCAUUUCUCCCACGGAAAUCGUGUACCCAGAGUACUCGGGCAACCGCCUCUACCAAUCCCUCGGCAACCUGCAACUCAAUCCCAAGAUCGGUCUCGCAUUCCCAAACUACGCCACAGGAGAUAUCCUCUACAUAACCGGCAGUGCGCACAUACUUGCGGGGAAAGACGCAGCGGAUAUCCUUCCAGGCAGCAAUCUCGCCGUCAAAAUUACAAUUCAAGACUCACGUUUUGUAACUGAAGGCUUACCCUUCCGCGGCACACAAAAGACACAAAGCCCAUACAACCCGCGCGUCCGCCCUUUAUUUUGCGAGGGAAACCUGAAAUCCAACCUCGCUUCAUCCCGUGCUCAAACCGCGCAGCUAAUCAAGAAAACCCUGCUUACACCCAACAUCGCGCGCUUCACUUUCUCCGUGCCAGACACCGACUUCGCGUACACUCCUGCGCAGUGGAUAGCACUGGACUUCAAAGAAGAGCUAGAUACGGGAUACGAGCAUAUGCGCGAUGACGAUCCGACGAGUCUGAACGAUGAUUUCGUGCGGACAUUUACGAUUUCUUCUACCCCUCCAUCUUCCGGUGCAGCUGGCGAAUUCGACAUUACGAUCCGGAAAGUCGGACCUGUAACGAAGUUUCUGUUCCAGACCAAUGAGCGGGCGCGGCUGGAAGUCCCCAUUUUGGGGGUUGGAGGGGGAGACUUUGUCGUGAAGCAAGCGGAGCCACAGGGUGCGAUUGUGCCGUUUGUAGCUGCGGGAGUGGGGGUUACACCGUUGUUGGGGCAGGUGCAUCAGCUGGAGCUUUCGCCUGAGAGGUUUCGCUUGUUUUGGGCUGUGAGAGGGGAGGAUGUCGGGUUUGUGGUGGAUACGUUUGCGAGGUAUCCGGGGCUUGCGGGGUGUACGAGGGUGUUUUUGACGGGGAAGGGGGAGGGGGGAGAGGUGGAUUUUGGGGAUGCGGUUGUGGAAAAGAGGAGGGUGGGGAAGAGUGAUUUGGAGUGUGUGGAGGCAGAUGUGUGGUAUUUGUGUGUUGGGAAGGGGAUGAGGAAAGAGGUGUUGGGGUGGUUGGAGGGGAAGAAGGUGGUUUUUGAAGACUUUGAUUAUUAA